AUGACCUACAUCCUAUCAAAUAUAAUCACGAGAUUCUACAGAUCUUAUCUGCCAUUAGCAAAACAAAUGCACUAUAAAGCUAAAGUUUUUUCUUUCUACUAA